GUCUGGCAUGGAUCCUAAUACAGACAUCACAAGAAGAAAACCCAGACAAACCAAAGGAACACCAUCUUUCCACUAUCGAAAUCGUUUUGCCGCUGGUAUAAUUUUAGCAGGAAUUGCGACUUUUGCUGCUUUUGCUUACACUCCAAUCUUCCGUGUAGCUAACGAAAAAUUAGUCAAAGAAUUGUGCACGGAAACCGAAGAGGAACGUGAUCGGAAGCAACUAUUUAAUAUGAAUGCUGCUCCUAGACGAGGCGAAGAGAUUCUUAAAAUGAUCGAAGAAAAGAAAGAGUUGGAAUCAAAACAAUAAGAACAAAAAAAACAACCAUUAACAUGAAUACGAGAAAAGCUAAUUUUAAGAAACUCCGGUUACCCAGUACAGAAACCAAAAAUGACCCACGGUACUUAAAAAUACUUGUCUAUUAGUUCUUAGAAUAUAGUUUUAAAUAAAAACAUUUUAAUGUAGUAAAUUGAAAGAAA